UAUCAUAUCAUCACACCAAAGACCACCCCAGCCCCAGGCCGCCCAGUCCGUCCACCGCCACCAAACGCGCCGCCGCCGCCAUGGGAGAGAAAGAGAAGAAGAAAAAGAAGCAGAAGCACCAACACCCAAACGACCAAACCGCAAAGCCCACCACCUCUGAUUUCUCUUUCAAGCCCAGCUCCGAGGUCAAGGGCCUCCGAUUCGGCGGCCAAUUCAUCGUCAAAUCCUUCACCAUCCGCCGUGCCCGGCCGCUGGAGCUCCCCCGCCUCCUCUCUCUCCCGCCCUCCGCCACCGCCACCGCCCAGCACAACCACCACCACCACCAAGACAAAUCCAACAGUACAAAGCUUCCUUUCCCCUCAACCACCGCUUUCUUGCCCACAAACUUCACAAUACUGGCUCACCAUGCAUGGCACACCCUCACAUUAGGCCUCGGGACGAAGAAGUCCAAGGUCCUCCUGUUCGUCUUCGAGUCCGAGGCCAUGAAGGCCGCCAUCGACCGCCUGUGGCCGCCGGAGAUUCCCCUCGGAGAAGUGAACAAGAAGCUCAUCCGGGGGUCGACCGGCUGCGAGAUGGCUCGGUUCAAAUUCAGAAAAGGGUGCAUCACUUUCUACGUCUACGCCGUCCGGCGAGUAGGCUCGUUAGGGUUUUCAUCGGCCGAUGAUCUGAAAACCAUUCUGCAAUCUGUGGUUGCCCUCAACGACUUCUUGGAUCACACUGCCAUGCUCGCCAUGCCCAACCAGAGGAGCAUCAACUACGCUCCUCCUCCGGUCGCCGCCAUGGCCCACUAGCCAAUCCUUCAGGUCAGAUGUACACUAAGUAAAUUCACCGACCUCCUUCAUCACCAUUAUCAUUGCUCGUGAUCACUGCCACACCCCCUUAAUUCUCUUCUCUUUCAAGACUUCAAUUUUCUUCUUUACUUUCUUGUCAAAAUAUCAAUAUUUUUGUUCUAGAGUUGGGGAGAUUGUUUUAUUACUCCUAGCUAUUAUUAUUAAUUUUUUGUUUGGUUGAAGAUCUUGGUAAUUUUUGUAUCCUUUUUGUAAUGAAAUUUAGCAAGAAUAAACUGAUCGAUGGGUUCUUCUGAGAAUUCAGGGUCCCUGCAAAUUAAUUGAUGUUUUUGUCCAUGUCC